CCCAAAGAUAGCUGGGAUAGGCUCCAGCAACCUGCGACCCUAGUGAGGAUAAGCGGUAAACAAAAUGGAUGGAUGGAUAUUUAACGGUAAUUAAAAUAAUUGUUAGUUACAGCCCUAAACUCAAAUUUAUUGACCAGGUGACAUCUUGUAACUUGAAAAACGUGUAAGUUGGGGCACUUGUAAACCAAGUUACCACUGUAUGUGCCAUGGCUUAAUAAAGUUAUAGUUUUACCCAAAGGGGUUUGAGGUUGGAAGUUAAGAACUGUUGCCAGCCCACAAGAAGGUAAAGCGGGUCUUUGGCAAAAGGUGCUUGCACAUCUAUAUUGUAAUCUAUUGCUGGUUUCCAAACUCGUUUGUUUCCUCGUGAGAAAAUGUUGUUAGUUGUGGUUAAGAAGCAUGCCACAUGAUGUCAACAUUUGGCGUCAUCCUCCUUUCUCCACCUCCAGUAUAUUGUCUGUCCACAUUUUCAGCCAUUGAGUGUGAGUUGAAAAUGACAUUGUGAAAGUAGGCCAAGUAUGACUUUGGUUUUGGUAAUGUUAACACUAAUUAAAAAUAAAUGGAGGAUAAUGGCAAUAACACAGUCGCUGAAUGUUGUACGGUCUUAGUCAUGACUCGCUUAAUGACAGGCCGUGUAAAAAAAUAAUAUAAUUAGUCUUUUGAGAUUUUUGGUGGGGGGUUGUGCAGGCCUCCAGAGGUCACCCGUCCACUCAGCUCCCCCUUCCUUCUUUCUCCUCCUCCCUCCUGCCUUGGCCAGUCUCCAUGUGCCGGGCUCAGGACCUUGGGAAUGAAUGGCGCCCGGGCUGUGCUCCGUCUUUGAAGCCAGCCAGGAAUGCGAGGCCUCUUUUUUUUCUCUUUCUCUUUCUCUGUGUUGUUCAGCACUAACGUGAAAUAUUCCCUCCGCUGCUCUCAUUGUGCAUCGCAGAGCCGGACGUCAUCAGCCGGCCAAUCGUUGGCUCCCGCUAGGCAGCCACGGGUCUCGGUGGGAGGGAGUGGGGGCUGCUUUUGAAGGGAGAAGGCACUCUAAAAGUCUUCCCUCUUAAUAUCGUGCUCGUCUGGUUACUUGGUGCUGCCGCCUCUUGGAAGAAACGUUGUGAAAGAGAAAGACAGUUUUGAUUUUUCUCAUAUGGUGGCCACAUGGCAAUAUUGGGAUUGAUCAAGCCUCAGAAUCAAAGUUUGGGGACGUCUGAGCAGUCAAUUCUCAGAGGAUUUGAAUAAAGGUUGAAAAAUGACCUAAUUAGCAACCUGUGCUCUGCACAACCUGGGGCAAAUGUGUUCAUGGCACUCUCCCCAGUCGCAAGGCAGAUGCAUGCAUCACUGCACUUACAAUUAAAGUUCCCCUCAUUCCUCCUUGACAUCAGGCCAGUUAUUCCAUGGAUUCCUACAGCUUCCACUUUGAGAGAAUGAGCAACGUGGACCUGCAUCCUCUGAGCCUGCCCAUCACCCGGCUCUCCCCAGCCAAGUCCAACAGCAGCAUUGUAGAACAACUUGCCCACCACCAGCACGGCAAAGGAGACUCUGCCUAUAGCUCCUUCUCUGGGGGGUCCACUGCCCCAGACUACCUGCAAUCACUUCACUUCCCGGAGGACCUGCAGUCCAACUCUUUCAGCCACUAUGCUGACCUUAAAUAUAUAAAGUCCAUUCAUCAUCCCACCCAGGUUCUGCAUUCUAACGCAAAGACCAUGGACCAGUUGUAUCGUUCUAUGGAGGUGAUCUCACAGAACUAUCGCAACAGUACCUAUAACCACAAUGGCAAUGGCAGUUUCCAUACCAAUGACAAAGCAAUAUCAAAGGUGCAUUUUAGGGCUCCAUCCCAAGGUGAUUACCCUCCCAUUGGUCCUCCUCCAGUCCCAGCACGACAGGAUAGUUUCACAGCUACUAAAAACCUAGAAAACAGCAAGAGUCAACACAAUACUGACCCUCAAAAGCCCAGACCCCAUUAUCAUCACCAUCCACACCCCCACGGAGUGAUUGUCCACCAAAUGGGGACAGCUAAGCCAGGGUCAAGCACCUCUGUCAUCAGUCCAGAACUAGUGUACUCAGACCGGAGGGCAGUGCCAGGAGCGGAGGUCCAGCAGCUGCCAAGCUACCGCUCUCAUGCUCCCUCUUAUGAACAAGACAGGAUGUCCAUGAACCCGCCCAAUCUUUUCAUCAUGGACAACAAAGCUUCCUCUGAGCAGCAGAAGUCGGUAAACUUUCUGAGACAAUCACCUCCCAAAGGUAUAAGCCAGUCUGAGCACCUGAAACCCAGACAUCCAUCAAGCGGGGGUGGGUGUAAUGGUGAGGAUCAUGGUAAUCCCGGUGAUGUCAGUAAUGAGUUUGAGAAUCCACGCAAAAGGGCGCAUUCCGCUUAUGAUUGGAUUGAGUCAGACCCAGCCCAUGUUUCUAGUCCUUGGAAUGCAGGUCAGACAGCCUUUAUCAACAGCAGCAUCCAGCAUAAGGGUCAGUUCUACUUUGUCACAGGACUGUGUAAGCACUCUGAAGCCAGAAUGAGAACGCACUCUGCAUCUGUGAGUGGGUCUGAAGCUAUGAGUGAUUGCUCCACUGUAUUGGAAAGACCUCGACCAAAAGAGAGGGAAAGAUGUCACAGCACAAUGGAAAAUUUAUUUAUACCCAUUAAAGAGGUCCUGGAUGAGAAAGGCAGCCAGAGCAAGGACCUCAUACCAAGAAGUUCAGAUCAGGAGAAUCACAAACCCACCCCCUUUUCAACACGGUCUUCAAAGAGUUGGGAUUCCUUUGAAGAAAUUGACACAGAGACUCAAGAGAUUGGGCGCCACACCACCACCAAUCCUAUAUUUUACUGUGGGCCUGAGAAAAACUCCCCACAUUCAACUUUACAAACAAAGGAAAUCCCCUCACUGGGCAUCAGUGAACCAUCCAACCAGCCCAAGCAAGAAGAGCAGGCAAAGAGGGGGAAAAGACAGCCACUGACAGAUGUAGGCAGUGAUAGGAUAAACAAAGAGACCACCCCGCUUCUCUACCAUCUCACUGAAGCUAACAGGACAACACUGCAGUCACAAAAGGACGCUGAAUUUAGUAUGAAUGAUAAAGAUGCUCCCCCAAAGAAAGCAUGUGUCAGAGAUGUGUCUAUAAAGAACGGGAAACCUAUGCAAGGGGAUGCGACCAACUCUGGUGCCUGCAACACCCUGGAUGACUCUUAUAAAAAAUACUACAAGGAGAAGCUGAAGGAUGCCCAGUCUAAAGUCCUGAAGGAGACAUCAUUUAAAAGAAGGGAUCUGCAACUGGCAUCAACCCAUUGCCCCAGGCCAAAACCUGAGCCGAGAUCUCCCAUGAUUCACUCUUUCUCCUCAUCACAAGAUUCUGAGACUUCCACAGACACCCUCACCCCAUCAGUGGCCUCUGAUGAGACAGAAAGAGGGACCAUAGUGGAAGAGGUGAGGCAGAGUCCUAAACAGAACACAGAGACGGUAAGAGAAAAUAGGAUGUCUGCAAAUGUGGCCCAGCCCCAGGUGGCGACACGAAUCGGGGGCCGAAAGCGAUUGACUCCAGAGCAGAAAAAGAUGUGCUACUCUGAACCGGAGAAGCUCAACUGGCUUGGUGGCGGCCCCAGCCACUCGGCUUGUCGCUCCUUUAGCAACGAAAGUGACGUGCUGCUUGCAGUGGACAGUGAGUGGCAGGAUCACGUGCUCGCAGGAGAGCAAGGACUGGUGGCAGCACGUAGGAAGUUGUUUGAGACUCGGUGUCGCGCCCUCUCUGCCUCUAGCGCUUCAAGGACAAAUCUGAAGCACCUGCAACAUAAGGCACUAGUGGCUUACAUGGAGCGCAAGACAGGCCAGAAAGUGGCGGAACCCCAGCUACCGGGUCCUCAGCAACCAAUACCCCCCAGACAGAGGCACUCUCUGGGAGAGAAACCAUUUGACUGGGGUCCCAGGCCUUUAUCAGCAAGUACUGAGAGCAGUCACCCCAGAAAGAAACUUAACAGACCCCAAUCUGCAGGACGCAUCCUUGAUUCCUCCACAAGCUCCAUCAGGUAUGCCCAGUUUUUCUCAGCACAACCAUCUACAGGCCAACCCGCAGGGCAAUCAAACCAACACAGAUGGAAGGAAAGACAGUAUCUAUCCCAUGGCAAGUAUGCCUCUGUGGAGAGUCUCUUGGACCAACCAGAACCCCCUGCAAUUUUCAGGAACAGAUCCACAUCCACACCACAUGCAUUUGAGGCACAGGACGAUAAAAAUGAUCCAGAAACAGUUAAUUCUACCGAAGCCUGCAGUGUCCACAAGAGUAUGGGCUCUGCACUGAGCUCAACGUCUGAGGCCCAACAGCAAAUCCGUGUGAUAGCACAGAGGGGGACGUCCAUGGAAGAACUCGAGGCAUUCAAGUUAACAAGGAUGUCAGCUAUGAGUAAGAGUUCUGAGCAACUGGAUCAAGCGUGCCGAGACAUCAGGAACGUUUCAUUCCUCGCUGAGGUCAGGGAAGCUCAGGGGAAGGAAUGGGGGAGGAAGAGGUAUGGGUUGAAUCCAGCGGAGAAAACAGACAUUUCUGACCUGAAGGCACAGACACAAAUCGAUACACAGAAAAAGUCCAGCUUGAAGCAUAACUCCGACCCAGCGCCGGUAGAUGGGGAGGAUGUUGGACUUAACCCCACAACAGGAAGAAGAACCUUAAGUGGAUCCCACUCCCCGACUUCUUGCUCGUCCUCAAGGGGCAAAAGACAAUCUUCUGGAUCUCGCAGUCCUCCCACAGAUAAGUUCCUGUCUAGCAAACCUCCCAUUGAGGCACCUUCCUACAUGCAUUCCUGUGGAGACCCAGAGACCAUUGAGAAGGGGGUCCUGUCUACUUUGUCCUCCACCACACAGAUAAAACAACCUUCUGAAAACAGACCAAGCUCCAGGGGUAUCCGAAGUUCUUCUGAACAGUCAGUGGUUGAAGCAGGCAAAGAUGCCCAUAAAGUGUCAUUGAGCUGCGGUGUGACCACAGAUCCGUCCUUGUGGAUCCUCCCUUCAGAGGAGGAACAGCCCAAAGAGGACGUACAGACGCCAGACUCUGUUUUCGACAAACCUGCCAUUUUGCACCUUCCUUGUCAGACGAGCGAAACCUCGGUGUCUGCCUGCGUAUCGGUUUCUGAUCAGCAGGUUGCAAAUGAGAAAAAUUCCAAGACGGAAGAUAAGGAGUCCAGAGAGAAUGAGGACAUCGAGGAGAAGCGUACACCAGAGGGAGAAACGGAGAAUUUGGAGAGUCCUACCAAGAGACCGCAAUGGGAGGAGCUGGUUGAGGCCGUGGUCAAGGCAGACCAGUCGCUGGCCCCCGCUCUCUAUCCUCUAGCCAAUCGUAAGACAGCGCUUAUGCUGAUGGAGCAACUGCUGUCUGAGGACACGCUGCUGAUGGAGGAGCACUAUAAGAAGAAACAGGAGCAAAAGGGAGCUGAAGAAAGUUGCGAGACCGAGCCACCUCUGUCACCUGAUGGCCUUAAAGCUGCAAACAGAGAAGUCCAUAGCACAGUUGACCUCACUGACAAGAAGAGCAUGCUGGUGUGCUACAUCGAGGAGCGUCUGCGUUCACUGGAGGAGACGCGGGGCGUCCUCCAAGUGGAGAUCCAGGAGAACAUAGCCCACGGUGAGGCUCUGGAGGCUUUGGUCCACGAGCGAUGUCUGCCCCUGGAGUUGGAGAGGUACAACCUGUUCAUCGGGGACCUGGAGAGGGUGGUAAACCUGCUUCUGUGCCUCUCCGCCCGGCUGGCCAGGGUCCAGAAUGCCCUGAGCACGGUGGACCAGGACACGGACGUCGAGGAGAAGCAAUCCCUGGACAGCCGUCACCGUCUGCUGUGCAAGCAGCGGGAGGACGCCAAAGACCUAAAGGACAACCUGGACCGACGGGAGAGCCUGGUGUCCACCUUCCUGUCCCGCCAGCUGAGUGCUGAGCAGGUGCGCGACUACCGGCGCUUCGUGCAGACCAAGGCCUCGCUGCUCAUCCGUCGCAAGGACCUGGAGGAGAAGACGAGGCUCGGCGAGGAGCAGCUAGAGGCCCUCACCAAAAGCCUCUGUGUCUGAGGGCAGCCAUUUUCUUCAGUAGCGCUCACUGGUCUAAACCGGUUCGGACGAGCCGCUAAUCGCCCCCGCUUCCUGACACUUUUCAACCCCACUGUGCCUUGACUUCAGCGUCGCUCCGGCUGACUGGAGUUCAUCUGCAGUUCUCCUCUUCGUCUACAGGGGGAGCCCCCUAGUCUUGUUCACACAGAAAACCUGUUAACACAAGCUAUUCAUCAGACUAGCAUUUCUCUCAGCCUCAGCCUUCAUCCAACAGACAUGCUCGCAAUCCCCUUCCUCCUUCCACUGGCCCCGCCCCCUACUCACUCAGCCAAUCACAAUUCACAGACACCUUCAUGGCCUCACAGACAGAAUUUAUAAAACUCUUUGAUUUAUAAAACAAUGCAUGUUAUGUGCGAAUUCAGAUGUUGCAAAACAAUUUCACUUUAACUGAAACACUAAUACAUUUAAUCUUUAUAAAUUCCGCCACAAGAAAUUGUCUUUAAAACAAUCCAUGUUACGCAACUGCUGGUUUGCUCCAGUCUGUGGUAGGUAUAGUAGCCACAAAUUGUACUCAAGUAAGAGUACUGUUACUUUAGAAUAAUAUGACUGAAUUAAAUUUAAAAAGUAGUCCUCCAAGUAAUUACUUAAGAGUAAGUAUUCAGAUUUUUAAAAACUACUCAAGUUUUGAGUAACUGACGAGUAACUUCUGCUUGUCUUUAAAAUAACUGUCUACCCUCAUGAACAUCGUUAUAGGGUCACCAAGCAGAGAUUAUAUAGCAGUUCAUGUGACUGUCUGGUGCCGUUUGAUUGGUCAAAUGGAGUCAAACGUCACUAGUAGUUCUAUUGGAUUGGUCAAACAGAGUCAUGUGACAUUGCCCAAGGCGGAGGUCUUUCUGACAUAACAAAACAUUUACAUCACGCAAGCAAGAGUAGAUUGAUCAAAAUGAAAGUAGUGAGCGGAAUGUAGCUUCAUGUAACAGAGUAAAAGGACCAGUUAUUUUUUCUUUUUGUAAAAUAAUCUAUCCAUCCAUCCAUCGAUUUUCUGAGCCGCUUCUCCUCACUAGGGUCACGGGCGUGCUGGAGCCUAUCCCAGCUGUCAUCGGGCAGGAGGCGGGGUACACCCUGAACUGGUUGCCAGCCAAUCGCAGGGCACAUAGAAACAAACAACCAUUCGCACUCACAGUCAUGCCGACGGGCAAUUUAGAGUCUCCAAUUAAUGCAUGUUUUUGGGAUGUGGGAGGAAACCGGAGUGCCCGGAGAAAACCCACGCAGGCAUGGGGAGAACAUGCAAACUCCACACAGGCGGGGACAGGGAUUGAACCCCGCACCUCAGAACUGUGAGGCUGACGCUCUAACCAGUCGUCCACCGUGCCGCCUAAAAUAAUCUAGUAAAAGUAAAAUAUUUGUUGCAUUAAAACUACUCUGACAAGUACAAUUAUUCCGAAAUAUUACUAAGGUAAAUGUAAUGGAGUAAAUGUAGCACGUUACUACCCACCUCUGGCUACAGUUCACUACUGCAAAGAAUACUCUCCUCCAAUAAUUUUUAUUAAUAGCGAGUAGCUGUGUUACAUGAACUGGUGUUAAUAAUUUUACAAGUUCUGACUGUGAGGCACUGAAGGUAUCUGAAUUUGAUUGGAUGAACAAGUCGGGGGGUGGGGCUUCGAGGACGACAGGGAGAGUGGGCAACCUUGUGUUAGGAGGCACAGCGAGUUGACAACUGAAAAAAAAUAUCAACGACAUAAUCGAUCAAUCGAAGUCAACUCGACGAUCAUCACCUUAGAAUCAACUACAAAAAAAUAAUAAUCUGAAGUCGUUGAAUCCCUACAGGGCCGGAGAAAUACGCCACCCUGCCUUUGUCAGGGCUCUGAUAGUACCAGAAUGUCGCCAGGUCAUAUUCGUCCACCCGUUCGUAGGGAAAGGUGGAAAAAUCCCGGCUAUACCACAUAAUGUAAAAUGAGGCUAUUGUUAUCUCAGCUUUAAGCAGCAUAGGAGAGUCACCUGUAGAUCAAGGCACUAAAAAACCAAAAGAAAAGGUGCAUGUCAACAAAAAAAAGCACUUUGUAAACAAUACGUACGUAAAUGCACAUUUCUUCAUUUGAAAAUCAAACAGCCUUACUCCAUCCAACUACGACACAUUUCUUUUCUUUGUCCACUAUUGUGAACAAGAUCACUGUCAUGCUGUUUGAAUUUUAGUUUUAAAGGUACGUUAAGGACUUUGUGCAAAUGCUGUUGUAGCAAAAAAAAGAAAAAAAGAAAAGACGAUUUCAAGCUGCAUGCAGCGCUCUUAAAAAUGCAUCGUCACAGUGGAACCUUUGAAGUUGAAUGCUAUCUCUUCUGUUAUGCUAGUUGACUUCCAAGUUGUUCCACAAAACACAUUAUUACACAUUAUUUUUUUUUAUUUUUUAUGGGAAGGCAUGUCAAAUGAAAUUGAUGGUAUCCUAACAUUUUUAUUAAGUGUAAGGCAAUGUUUUGAUUAACCUUAACAACCAUAAACAAGAACGACUGUACAAUAAAACUAAAACUCACGCUCCUGUAUCUAGACAGGAAACAGUUUUUGUUGACCAGCAUUUUAGCCAGUUUGCGUUCAGCUAUGUGUUAUUUACAUUAGCACUCACUUGGGGAAAUCAGUUUGUAUAAACUCUAUGUGCGUAUGAUUUUAAUAAUUGAAUUGUGCAACGUUGUGCCGAGCAGUCAGACGCUUACUGUGUCGCAAUAAAUUGCACUUCCUGUUUUACGGUUAUCUUCACACCAUCAUUGGUACCCUUUUAUGACGUCACACACGAUUAGGGUUUGAACUUGCAUAGUUUAGACAAUUUUGGUUGAAUUCCAAAUUGUACUUCGGGGAUUCCACUCUAAUGAGUGUUCAACUUCAGGGGUUCCAUUCUAACGAUUGUUCAAAUUCUGGGGUUCCACUUUAAUGUUCAACUUCGGGGCUUCCACUCAUACGAAUGUUUAACUUCAGGGGUUCCACUCUAAUGUAAAACAUUGGGAGUUCCACUCUAAUGAAUGUUAAACUUUGGGGGUUCUUUUCAAAUGAGUGGUCAACUUCAGGGGUUCCACUCAAAUGUUCAACUUCAGGGUUCCGCUCUAAUGAAUAUUCAGUUUCUGGGAUUCCACUGAAAUGAAUGAGAUUUUGUUACCUCCCCUGUCCAUUGAAUUCUUGAUACUUGAACUGGAGAUCUUGACACACCUAGUUACUCACAGAAUUCCGUCAUUAUAAUUUUUUAAAUCAUGUUUUAACAUUCACGAAAGUCGGAGCCGACACGUCCGAUUUGUACUUAAGCGAUGUUUGUUCAACAUCAGGAACAUGUGCAGUGUGUGUUUGUGUGAAUGUAGUGUGCGCGUAGAAGUUUUUGCUGUGGUAGGUUUUCAACAAUAUUCAUGUUUGUCAUGAAUUAAUCUGAACUCUGAUCAUCCCUCAGGAAAUGACCUGAAAGGAAAACGCACUCAUCCAAUGUGUGCUGUGGACUAUUUUGUAUCAUAUAUUUAUGUUUUAAGGUUUUUGUUGAAGCCGCAAAGUGGAUUCCGCUUCCCCUCCAUCUUGUUUCCCAGUGGGAAGUUUUGCAAAACAAAUCUUGUUUGUUUUGGCCCACUAACACUUUUCUUUUUCACUGUUACUUAGUUGUGACGUGGUCUUUCUUAACGGGGCAGAGACAUUUCUCUUAUUUUAAUGACAUCACAAAUGCUCCCCCCCCCCCCCCCCCCCCCCCCCCCCGCCGCUGCUGAGUCACACGUGCCUGUUUGGAGUUGUAAAUUCCACUUUGUUUGUCUUACUGUCAAUAAAUUAAGAACCUUCCCCCAUUAAA